AGGCAUGUGAUUCCAUAUGAUUCUCGUAGCGCUUCCUGAAUAGCGCUGCAGAUGCUCUAGAAAACAUUACACACUUUCAUACCUUUUGUAACUAAUUUGCUUCUUGUGUGUCAGAAUGAAAAUGCAGAUUCUAAUUUUGCUUUCUUUGUUUGUUGUCGGAGCGAUGGGUGGGAAGUACUCGAAAGAAAUGAAUGAACAAAAUGCAUCUGAUAAAAACAACGAUCAGGUGGAAUUCAGGAUUGCCAAACUAAAUCAGGUUUGGGAAAAGGCGAUAAGAAUGCAGCUUGCACCGGUGCGUCUCUCAGAACUCCACAGUGACUUGAAGAUCCAAGAGAAAGAUGAACUUCAGUGGAAAAAACUGAAAGCAGAAGGGAUGGAUGAGGAUGGAGAGAGAGAAGCCAAGCUCAGACGCAAUUUUAACUUUAUUUUAGCAAAGUAUGGAAUGGAUGGGAAAAAAGACACCCGGACACUGGACAGCAACAGACUAAAAGAUCAUGAUGUUAAAGAGGGAGACACAUUUGAUGACCCAAAGCUGGACAAGCUGUGGAACAAGGCUAAGACUUCUGGAAAGUUCUCUGACGAGGAGCUCCAGGCCUUGCAGAGAGAAUUCCAGCACCACAAAGACAAAAUCAACGAGUACAACAUUGUCAUGGACACUGUCAGCCGCACAGAAGAGAUCCAUAAGAAUGUAAUCAGUCCUCUGGAGGGUGACAUGAAGGAGCAUGUUCUCCAUCAGAAACACACAGAUCUGAAGCAGAGGAUGAGAAACCUGGACCAGGGCUUUGAACGGCUCCGCAAGAUCACCCAUGAGGGGUACAGUGCUGACAGUGAGUUUAAGGAGCCACGAGUCAUAGAACUUUGGGAGAUGGCAAAAAGAUCAAAUCUCAGUGAAGACGAACUUGACUCUCUUAAAGAGGAACUUAGACACUUUGAAACAAAGGUGGAGAAGCACCAGCACUAUCAGGAGCAGCUGGAACUGUCUCAUCAGAAACUGAAGCAUGUGGAGGCUCUGGGAGACAAAGAUCACAUCAUGAGAAACAAAGAAAAAUACAACACUCUUGCUGAGAAAGCACGAGAAAUGGGAUACAAGAUGAAGAAACACUUGCAGGACUUGACGAAUAAGAUUUCCCGAAAUGGAUUGCAACACAAUGAGCUCUGAAUACUAUUUUUGUCGUCAUGACAGCACUACUGUUAGCUAGAACUGUUCAGCGGUCACAUAUACUGUAUUCCAAAAUGUUAUCCAACACAGAUGGGCCAGGGUUAUAAAGGUAGGGCAUACUGUACAUAAAUUUAACAUUUCCAUUGGGAACCCAGACUACAUGAUAAUUUUUUUUAAACGGUACUGAGCAGUGAUGAGUUCUGCUUUUGUUGGUUAUUUCCUGUUUUGUUUGUGCAGCAAAUGGCUACAAGCUGAUUAAGCCAAAACGCUGAUGCAUGUUGUUCACGUAGUACUAUUAAUUUUGACCACAUUUGUUUGUGGCUCAAUUAUUAAAUAAAAGAUGCUAAACAACAAAUGCACGAUGAAAUAUGUGUAGCAUCCCACAAACGUGGGUGCAAAAGAAUUCAACCUUCCUCCACAGCAUGAGCACAGAGAAUAACUCUACACAUGAAAAAAAGCUCUCUAGGGUUUUCAGUAUAAACCGUUAAAGCUUCCAUAUCAGUAAUUCUCCAUUUUUUUUCUUCUUCUUUCUUUCUUAAACCCGUCCUGAACAUCCUAAGAUUUAAACUGAAUAAUACCCAUUCAUGAACAACAGUGCAAGCCCUGUACAGGCGUGAUUUAUAUUAGGAUAAUAGCACAACCAGACAAAUUCAGGAAAAUCGUGUGCUUCAGUGAAAAAGGCUGGAGUGUAAUGGAGAAAGCUAAAAAAAAAAAAAAAAAAGCCAGCCAAGCCGGAUUUGGCAAGGCAGACCUUGAGUCCACUAUGAUAUUGAUUGAAUUUCUAAACAGCACUGGAUAAAAAGCCCAUCACCAUGACUGACAGUGUUGUCCCAAGGUAGACUUGAAUCAACAACCUCACUAUUUAAACAGUUCCAUCAGUUAGACGUUUGAGAUUUGUCAUAAAAAUUCUAAUAUAAACUGUGCACUAAUUCUUUCUAAUUCUACUGUUAUUACUAACUAGUUUGUGAUUUAAAAUCCUCAUAAUCAUAAAAAUAUGGUAAUCCAGCAUUGUAAUGAAUUAUCAUGAACGUGAUCUCCAUAAAUCAUAGGAUCGCUUUUGUACAAGUCCACAUUGUGCUCAUUUCAUGUUACACUUUUCAUAAUAAAACAAACUUCCAAA